AUGGCAAGCGACCAUACCAACUACACGGUCUUCAUGCCGCCCACCCCGGACAACCAGCCAGGCGCCGCGCCCGCUCCCGCGUCCGGGGGCUCCACCAAGCCCGACAACCUUCCCUUGCCACGCUACACCUCGGGCUCCAAGCUCGUGAACCGCCGGAGUGGCGACGAUGGCGCGGCCGGCGGCGCCAAGAUGGACCGUGGGCUCUCCACGGAGCACGUAGCGUCGCCGUCCAAGUCGUUGCUGGUGCGGAGCCAAACCGGGGAAUUCGACCACAACCGAUGGCUGUUCGAGACCCAGGGCACGUACGGCAUAGGGAACGCGUACUGGCCGCAGGACGAGAACGACGACGGCGCCGGCAUGGGCGGCGGCAGCGUCAAGAUGGAGGACCUCGUCGACAAGCCCUGGAAGCCGCUGAGCCGGAAGGUGGCCAUUCCUCCGGGCAUUCUAAGCCCCUACAGGUUGCUGGUGCUGGUGCGGUUCGUGGCGCUGUUUCUCUUCUUGAUAUGGCGCGCGACGAACCCCAACCCGGACGCCAUGUGGCUGUGGGGGAUCUCCAUCGUGUGCGAGUACUGGUUCGCCUUAUCCUGGCUCCUGGACCAGAUGCCCAAGCUGAACCCCAUCAACCGCGCCGCCGACCUGGCCGCGCUCCGGGAGAAGUUCGAGUCCAAGACGCCGUCCAACCCGACAGGCCGCUCCGACCUGCCGGGGCUCGAUGUGUUCAUCUCCACCGCCGAUCCCUACAAGGAACCGCCGCUGGUGACGGCCAACACUCUCCUCUCCAUCCUCGCCACAGACUACCCGGUCGAGAAGCUAUUCGUCUACAUCUCUGACGACGGCGGCGCGCUGCUCACCUUCGAGGCCAUGGCGGAGGCCUGCGCCUACGCCAAGGUGUGGGUGCCCUUCUGCCGCAAGCACUCCAUCGAGCCACGCAACCCGGAGGCGUACUUCACCCAGAAGGGCGACCCCACGAAAGGCAAGAAGCGGCCGGACUUCGUCAAGGACCGGCGCUGGAUCAAGCGCGAGUACGACGAGUACAAGGUGCGUAUCAAUGACCUCCCCGAGGCCAUCAAACGGCGCGCGAAGGCCAUGAACGCCCACGAGCGCAAAAUCGCCCGUGAGACGGCCGCCGCCUCGUCCGAUGCCGCCCCGCCCCCCGUCAAGGCCACCUGGAUGGCAGACGGCACCCACUGGCCCGGCACCUGGCUCGACUCCGCCCCCGACCACGGCAAGGGCGACCACGCCAGCAUCGUCCAGGUGAUGAUCAAGAACCCUCACCACGACGUGGUGUACGGGGAGGCGGACGAUCACGCGUACCUGGACUUCACGAACGUGGACGUGCGCAUCCCUAUGUUCGUGUACCUGUCGCGGGAGAAGCGGCCGGGGUACGACCACAACAAGAAGGCGGGCGCCAUGAACGCCAUGGACGUGGUGACUGGGUACCGGAUGCACAACCGCGGGUGGCGCUCCGUGUACUGCAUCACGAAGCGCGACGCCUUCCGGGGCACGGCGCCCAUCAACCUCACCGACCGGCUCCACCAGGUGCUCCGGUGGGCGACGGGGUCGGUGGAGAUCUUCUUCUCCAAGAACAACGCAAUGCUCGCGUCCCGCCGGCUCAUGUUCCUGCAGCGCAUGUCGUACAUCAACGUCGGCAUCUACCCGUUCACGUCCCUCUUCCUCAUCAUGUACUGCCUCCUGCCGGCGCUCUCCCUCUUCUCCGGGCAGUUCAUCGUGGCCACGCUGGACCCGACCUUCCUCUGCUACCUCCUGCUGAUCACCGUCACGCUCGUGCUGCUGUGCCUGCUGGAGGUGAAGUGGUCCGGGAUCGGGCUGGAGGAGUGGUGGCGCAACGAGCAGUUCUGGGUGAUCGGGGGCACGUCGGCGCAUCUGGCGGCCGUGCUGCAGGGCCUGCUCAAGGUGGCCGCCGGCAUCGAGAUAUCGUUCACGCUGACGGCGAAGGCGGCUGCGGAGGACGAUGACGACCCGUUCGCGGAGCUGUACCUCAUCAAGUGGACGUCGCUCUUCAUCCCGCCGCUGGCCAUCAUCGGGAUCAACAUCAUAGCCAUGGUGGUGGGCGUGUCGCGCUGCGUGUACGCGGAGAUCCCGCAGUACAGCAAGCUGCUGGGCGGCGGGUUCUUCAGCUUCUGGGUGCUGGCGCACUACUACCCGUUCGCCAAGGGCCUCAUGGGGCGGCGGGGCCGCACGCCGACCAUCGUCUACGUCUGGGCGGGGCUCAUCUCCAUCACCGUCUCCCUGCUCUGGAUCACCAUCAGCCCGCCCGACGAUCGGGUCUCGCAGAGCGGCAUCGAGGUGUGA